CUGUGUGCCUACAGCUGCUGUAGCAGGCCAGGUCAUCCAGAUGACGCCAAGAUGCUCGCGCGUAGCGGCCUUGGUCCUUUGCACGCUAAUUGGCCCGGCGUUGGGCCACAUGAACUCUAAGGUCAACCUUCACAGCAGCAGCCGCAGGCUAGAGGAGGAUGGGAGGAACGAGUCUGACUCUGUCAACGCCAAAUGGCAAUGCGAGCCCAGCGAGGAUGUGAACAUCAAAGCGGCCAACGGGUACCACCUUCGAGGGGUUAACCUUGGAUCGUGGAUGGUGCUCGAGCCCUGGAUCACGCCUUCCAUGUUCUUCCAGUUUCUCGGAAAGGAGGUGACGUCAGAAGGAGAAGGGUCUAGCCAGAUCGGGAUGGACAUGUACACGUUCUGCCAGGCGCUAGGCCCGGAGGAGGGCAACAAGCAGCUCAAGAGGCACUGGCAGACGUGGGUCACCGAGGAGGACAUCGCACAGCUGGCCACGGUUGGCGUUAACACUAUCCGCCUCCCGGUUGGGGACUGGAUGUACCAGCCGUACGGGCCUUACGUUGGGUGCACCGACGGCGCGCUGGAGGAAGUUGACCGGCUGUUCGACCUCUGCCGAAGGUACGGCAUCCGGGUUCUGCUGGAUAUUCACGCCAUCGCCAACAGCCAGAACGGUUUCGACAACUCAGGACAGGCGAUGGACAUCGAGUGGACGACGUACUCGGGCAAUGCCGUGUCGGGAACGGCGACUUUCGUGCACUGGCCGUACAGAGCGGCCCGGUGGAUGGGAGACUGGGACAGAGCGGCGGGGGAAUACACUUCCAAGAACGAGUCUGCGAUCGAGUUCACGCUUAAGGUGAUCCAGACGAUGGUCGACCUCUACGCCAACGAGACGGCGGUGAUGGGCCUUCAGCCGGUCAACGAGCCCUGGCAGUUUACCCCCAUCGACUGGCUUAAGGACUUCUACUGGGACGGUUACCACAUCGUGAGGGAGCAGGCCCCCCACUGGCUGUUCCUGAUGCACGACUCGUUCAACUUCGACGUCAACACGUGGGGAGACUUCAUGAAGAACUGCCCCACCAUCGGCCUAGACACCCACAUCUACCAGGCUUGGUCGCCGCCGGGGCCUCAAGCGGGCUACCUCGCCAGCGCUUGCGACGCGAAGAAUAACAUCAUGGCGAUGGAGGAGAGGGGCAUGCCCGUUAUCAUUGGGGAGUGGUCGCUGGCGACGGAUAAUUGUGCCAUGUGGCUCAACGGCUUCCAGGACAACUUGCCGGGCUUCCCACAGACUACGUGCAGGAUGGUACGCUGCCCCUUGCCGUACAUGGGAGGUGAACAGCCCGGAGCCCCUGUCAACCCCAACAUGCCUCCCGUCGGCCCCUUCGGCACCGGGUCUAGCACGCCGAGCUUCGGACAGUGCCCGAUCGACGCCGCUUGGCACGCUGAGGACGACUUCAUGACGGGCCCCGCGUACGCCAAACUGCAUGCUUUCCAGGGCGGACACGGUUGGUUCUUCUGGAACUUCAAGACCGAGCUUGAGGUGCGAUGGGACUACCUUGCCGCCACGGACAAGGGCUACUUCCCCUACCACGUCGACAACCUGGAGCUCAACGAAGACGUGAUCGAUGCGUGCAACCGUUUCAACGGCCGCUACCCGGUCAAGGGGAUGCCUCCUGGAAUUUUCUCGCAAGACGCCUCCGACCACCGCCACCUGGGCGGUGUCCACAUCGCCAUGAUCAUCACGGCGUUUUCGCUCAUCGUCUUCGCUGGGUUCAAGGCCUUGAAGAACAGGAGGAGGAGGAGGGGCGCCGCCGCCGGCAGCGGGGAGUGGAAGCGGGUGUGCGAUAGUCCAGCUGUGGAGGGACAGGGCGAGUUCACCGCUCCGACGAUGGGAUACCAGACAGUCCAGGCCCAGACUUGA